UUGGUUAUCGGUGUUCAAUUGUCCUACGCUUGAGACAUUAAAGUUGAUCCUGUUGCGCAGACGAAGCUCGCCUCGUGCUCUUGCUUUACCCAAGUUUAAUUAAGUAACAAGUAAGUGUAUAGUUCAGGCAGCGAGAAGCCUGCCUUACAUUAGUGUGAGUCCAGGUGGUGGUCUUCUCACACACGCACGCACGUGAGGCAGGUAAAGCCAAGAAGCAGGAGAACAGAGGGGAUAACAAGGGGAAUGUUGCUCUAAGAGGAUUAUCACGGUCGUUAUAGACACACACACCGGUCGGUCAACGGAUCAUGCCGGUUAGAACAGCAGCACUGCGACGCCAGGCAAUAACCUACCGGACACCGGGGAAAACGGGUCCUACUCGUUGAACCGGUCAUAAAUCUAACCUAGAUUCACAUUGCAAGAUGAUCCGCAGUAGUUUUUUUUACCUGUUGGGAGCGCACCGGAAUCCGUCACCUGGAUUGCAUGCGCACCGGAGAGCGGUUUCCUGAGGGGUAUAUAGGGUAUAGGGGUUGUUUCUGACAUGAAGACCCGACCUGCAGGGAUCGGUACCGUCCAUGCAGACUGGAUGGGUUCACUCCCCUCCAGGCUCAGUGCCAUGCCACUCAAACACCUCGCCGUGCCAGGGUCUCAUGAUUCGUUUACCUUCUGGGUGGAUGUGCAUGCUCCUGUGGGACCCGACCAGAAGGGAUAUGUGAAGUACCUCGCCACCAUGUUCAGCGUCUUAGCCAAGAAAGUCAUGGUGAAGUGGUCCAUGACCCAGAAUCUGACUUUUAAAGAGCAGCUGGAUGCAGGAAUCCGCUACUUUGAUCUCCGGGUCUCCUCAAAACCAGGCGAGCCUGGAAAUGAGAUCUACUUCAUCCAUGGCCUGUUUGGCCACAAGGUGAGCGACGGCUUGCAAGAAAUCAACUCCUUCUUAAGUAGACACAGGAAAGAGGUGGUGUUUCUAGACUUCAACCACUACUAUGCGAUGGGCCCAGAGCAUCAUGUGUACCUCAUCAACAUGCUCCAGGAAGUGUUUGGCAGCAAGCUUUGUAGUAACUGUGCCGUGGAGAGCAUCACUCUGGACUACCUCUGGCAGAAGAAACAACAGGUGAUUGUGUUCUACCAUCAUCCAUCAGCUCAGAGCAUUCCUGUCAUGUGGCCUGGAAACAAGAUCCCCGCUCCCUGGGCGAACACCACCCAACCCAACAAGCUCACAAAGUUCCUGGAAACUACACUGAGUGAAAGAGCCAAGCAGGGCUCCUUCCACGUUUCUCAGGCCAUCCUCACCCCCAAGCCCAACACCGUGGCCAAGGGCCUGGUCUGGGGGCUACGCGACUACCUGGUGGAGAGAAACCUGCCAACCAUCAUGUCCUGGGUCCAGGCUCAGAGGCCCGGGGUGGACGGGGUCAACAUCAUCACCUCUGACUUUGUGGAGCUCACUGACUUUGCCAGCGUUGUCAUCAAACUCAACAACCUGCUUAUGUCCGAACAGGACCGCAAACCAAGAUGACACAUGUUUGCACAACAGGACAAAUGUGCGCUGACCCACGGUGUGGUGGAGGUCAAAUGGCACAUUCUUCCACCACGGUUGGAUAAUAGUUCUUACAUAAUACUGGAGCCCCAAAGAAGUUAGUUUUAAUAAUAAUGUAUUGCAUUAGUGACUUUAUCCUCAGCUAACAAAUAGCGAUUUCUUUUGCUGAUAAGGUUUCAUUGUCUCGCUCAAGGACACUUCAGCAGUAAGGUACACAUGAGCCAGGGACCCUUUAAACCUUUGAGUGACGUAAAACCUUUAAAACAUCACAGUUUUGGUUUCAGCCGACUCUCUGCCCCAAUAUCAUCAAGUCCAAAAAAGGGAAAGAAGCUGGAGCUCAGAUCGCAAUCAUCAUAAGGUCAAACAAAACCUGUCAUAGCUUUGGCUUCUGGAUUUGUUUUCUUACAUUCCCUUCUGGAGGAAACUGGAAAUAUACCACAUUGGUACUAUCUGAUUACAAUGCAGCACAGGUCACCAUGCAGAAACAGACUCACAGCUACCUGCGACCUGGACAGUGAUCAUAUGACUCAUGGAUUUCACUUACACAUCUCAAAUGGUACAAUAGCUGUCCUUUUGUUUUUUAAAUAUUCUGAUUACAUCACAGAUUUGUUUUCAUCAUGGUGAAAGUCAGGAUCCUAUAUUCCAUAAUUGUUUUUCUUUUUGAAAUACUGUAUGCAUAAGUAUUUAAAGCGUCGUAACUUGUGUACACAUCGAACGAAAAGUGAUCGGGACAAACAUUUUGUUUACGGACUACUAAUACAUCCAACAUUAUGUUAAAGGACUGUGAAAGUAAAUUCUCGACAAGUGGAAUUUGUUUACAAUACAUUAAAGAGGACCUAUUCUGCUCAUUUUCAGGUGCAUACUUAUAUUUUAGGUUUCUACUAGAACAUGUUUACAUGCUUUAAUGUUCAAAAAAAACUUUAUUUUUCUCAUACCGGUUGUGCUGCAGCACUUCUUUUCACACUCUGUCUAAAACACUCUGUUAGAGCUCCUGCUCCCCGCCCUCGAAAAGCCCAGUCUGCUCUGAUUGGUCAGCUGAACCAA